GCAGUGGCCGGCCGGCGCAUCAGCCAUCCAUCAUGGAGCGGGGCCGGCCGGCCGGCCGCUGUAGUGCGCUCCGUCGUCGGCUGCGCGUCGCCUUUUGACCGCCAACUACUCCGCAGUACGCUGCGCUGGUACGCAUCCGUCCAUCAGCUGACAACAAAUCCCACUCUGGAGAGCAGCAGCGAGAACAACUCAAGAAAGGCGAGCGCUUUCUGUAGAGGCCGCCGCCGCCGCCACGGCCAUGUCCUCCGCCUCGGGCAACGGCGGGAAGGAGGGCCCCGCGGCCUUCUCCGUGGACCUCGCGGCCGCCGCGCGCCGGCUGCUGGCGUUCCUGCGCGCGGCGCCGCCCGGGGUGGGGCCGCGGUCCGUGCAGAGGUACGAGGAGCUCUGGCUGCCGCUCGCGGCGGCGGAGGGCGGGGGCCCAGGAGGGGAGGCGGCGAUGCUGCUGCCGCCGCCUGACGUGCAGCUCGUCUGGCUUUGCCACUGCUUCCACCAUGAGAGCUACUCCGCAUACUGCUUAUCGAGGUUUGGACACCUCAUUGACCGCCCAUCCAUCCUUGACGCGGAGAAUGAAGAGUAUGCCGAGGACCGUUGCCGGGAUGUCUGGGCCGCGCAUUACCCGUCUGAGCUGUUUGACCUCUGUAGUAACGAGAUUGACGGGAACAGUGUUGAUGACAUUGCCUGUGACAGUGCCAACAGUGAAAUUAUGGAAAUGGUGAGAUGGUACGCUGGCCUAGCAGCACGCUUUGCCUCACCCUUUGUGCGGGAAGGUGUCUACCAUGUUGCUGCAUGGCGGCGAUAUGUGCGUUUCCUGGACCUCAUCAAGAAGGUUGUGUGCACAACCCAAGAACACAUAAGGCUUGUGCCAAGCCUGGACAUACUACUGAUGUGGCUUGCUCACCAGAGUUUUCCUGUGAGUUAUGCCAAAGACAUGGUAGCAAUGGCAAUCAUAGAAAAUCUGGCAAAAGUGGGGCUGUCUUACGGGGAGAUGGUGAGUGAUGAGGAGGUAGAAAGAACAAAGGCAUUGUGGGAGGAUGCAUAUGAUGAGCCAUAUGAUAUGGCUGGAUCAGAGAUUGAUGCGGGAGCAGUUAGCACAGCACGGGAGGCAUUUUACUGGGCGCCAGCAGCAUCAGAAGAGGACGCCAACCGGUUGUACAAAAGUUUGCAACCUAGGUUUCUUAUGGAGCAGGUAUAUGUGUUCUUGAAAGGAGAUAUUGAUAAGGAGCACAUCAACAAGGAGUUCCUACGGCUGCGAACACAGAGAUCUCACAGAUCAUUAAAACUGAACAAAUCAAUGGUCAACUUAGCCUGCAAAAACUGGCAGAAAACAUGGCACUUGUACUGUGAAUUUGCAACCCGGGGUGUUGUCAUUGAGGUCAGGCGCACCACAAGUGGGUGCUUCAGAAAUAGCAAGUUUCUCAAAAGCAUCUCAUUUUCGUGGAGUGAUAUGUUGCAUGAGAAAGCACUCGCUCUCACUGAGGAACUAGAAGUCAGGAUGAAAGCAAUGGCAUCAAUUACCCCUCCAGUUCAAGCACCAUACUUGUUGAAGUGUGUUCCUGAUCGAGUCACUGAUGAUGGUGGGGCCAUGAUUUCUGAUGUCAUAUUGCGCAUGAGAAAUUACCGUCCACAAGAAGGACGAUGGCUGACCCGCACUGUGCUUGAUCAUGGUGGGAGAGAAUGUUUUGUGGUCCGAAUGAGAAUAGGCAGAGGGAUUUGGCGGAGAGGUGCUGAAACUCCUGUGGCGGUGAAAUGGGAGGACAGGAGCAUUGAGGUUCGAGAAGGGUCAUGGUCAUAUGUUGCAAGUACAAGCUCUGUUGGUUAUGCUCCUGAGAAGGUAGUGGGCACAGCAAUGGCAAUGAAGGAUCAACAGGAGAAUAAGGUGGUUUGGAGAUUGUCAACUGGAGAUAUACUCACAGUAUGUUUGGGAGAUGAGCUCAGCUUUCAGCUUAAAAAUGAGAAAUUAGAAGAAGAGGCAAGGUUGCUUGUGGGGAGGAAAUUGAGCUACAAGGUAAAUACAGAUGGUGUGUCGAGCAACCACGCUGAGGAGCAGCAAUACCUCACUCUUGUUCGUAAGUCACCAGAUCAUCAUGGUGACAGAGCAACUGUGCUUAUAAACUGGAAAUUACUUGCUGUGGAGUUCUUACCUGAAGAGGAUGCAGUUUUUGUUCUUCUCCUAUGCAUGGUGAUUGCAAGGACCAUGACAGAGAUCAGGAGAGAAGAUGUGGCUGGGCUUUUAGUGCGACGAAGAAUAGGUGAAGCGAGGGUGGGGCAGAGAGACUGGGGUUCCGUGAUGCUUCCUGACUUGCUUUCCCCAGAUCCUAAUUUGCAGCCUUGGUAUCGGAAUGCAGCGCAGGUUUUGAGCUCUGCAGAGACAGGGACAAUGCUCGCUAAGUACUCACCUGCUGACGGAAAAGACUUGUUGUACAGGCAAGCUCUUAUAACCUGAAGUUCUCAUAGAGACGAUUGCCCUGAGGAUUUGCUUGAUAGACAAGGAUUGGACCAAAUCUUCCUCAGAAUUGCAGGGGGGACUAUUUCAUUUCCUCGUUCAAUCCUAAUGCAUUUCAUCUUUGUACAGAACAAAUCUUGCAUUUGACUUGUUGAUUCACUAACUAUGACAAUCUUUGACACGAAUUUGGUGAUUAUUGUCAUAUAUUGUUUGUAAUUAGAAAUGUCACAUUUCAUUUUUAAACAGUUUGAUUUCUCUC